AUGGGAAGCUUUGCAAAAUCACUUCUUGCUUUAGGCGGAAUUUUGAUUCAUACUUCUAUGGUCACUGCCUCCGAGUCAAACACAACUUUGAAUAAAAGAAGUCGAAAUGACACUCCUUGCGACGUGUAUCUCACUCAAGGAGAGAAUUCAUGUGCUGGCAUUGCCAAAGCCCAUAGUAUUACCACGGCAGAUAUCGAAAAAUACAACAGCAAGACAUACGCAUGGAAUGGCUGUGAUAAACUGAGGCAAGGUGACUUCAUAUAUAUUAGCUCUAGGGCAUCCCCGAUGCCAGAAGCAUUACCAAAUGCUGUCUGUGGACCACAAGUCCCAGGAACCGCACCUCCAACAGACCCUGAGGGGUGGUCUAAUCUCGGUUCUCUUAACCCAUGCCCUGCUGGGCAGUAUUGUAAGCAAGGUCAGUGUCAACCCGGAGCAAAUUCCUGCGGUGCUGCAGUCGGCCCCGCAGUCGCUUCUACUACGUCGACCACGGCUGCUGGCACCACGACAAAAACAUUAUCUACUUCAUACACAACCAAACGCGUCACCGUGGACACAAGCAAAGAUUCUACAACAAAGUCUACGACUACGAAAAGAACUACUACUACAACUACCACAAAGGACAAGACUGCAACGACUAAAUCGAAAAUCACAACGAGCAAGUGGCCUGAGAAAACUGGUGGUUUAUUUUCCAUUGCAAUAUAUAGUUCACGGGAAUGCUCAGGAGAUUAUUAUGUAGUGGAAGGGCCCAUCCUUGGCACCAACGGUAAAUGCCUUGGAAUCCAUAGUGGAAUAUCCAGCAUUAGUACUGGAACAAACACUUGGUGCAAGUGGUACUUCGAUGGAGGUUUCAACUCCACAGACUGUGAUUCCGGAGAUAAAUUGGAAAUAGGUUCAAUUCAUAUCACAUCUGGUUCUUGCAACAUUUAUAAUACGGAGGACUGUCAAAGCAACGGCAAGCUUGGGGGGUAUGAUUCCGGUAUCUAUACUGAGUGCCAUGCUGUGGAUGACCUUGCACCCAAAACGCUUGGCGGGUUGAAAUGCUCUCACAAUUUGUGA